AUGUCUUCUCCAGCUAUCGAGACAGCCUCGAUAUCCGAUGGCCUGGAACUCGAAUCAUUAGAUUCAGAGAGCUUAUUCCAAGCAUUGACGAAUGUAGAGAAGGCUAUACCUGAAUUACUAUCCUCUAUCAAACCAAUUUUAUCCCAUCUGACGACUCAGGAAGGAAGGGAUGAAGAGAAUAGUGGUAUGAUGGCUAGAGAAGGUGUAGAACGAUAUUUGAAUUUCUUAGACAAAAUCCAAUUCAUCUUACGUCAAACAGUCUAUUACCUCCAUGCCACCAAGAUUUCCUCUAGUGUAUUGAUACCUCCCAAAGUGGAUAAUAUACCUACACCAUUCGCUACUUCCUUACCCCAACCGCAAUCUCAAAAUCAAGGAGAACAGGAACAGGUCGAAUUGGGAUUGUACGCUAGUAGGAUCGAAAGUAAGGUAUUGGACGAUAUGUUAAACGCUCUAAAAGCUAUAAAAGAGCAGAAGCAGGAGCAGCAGGGGAAUAUGGAUAUCUCUUCAAGUGGAUGA